AUGUAUUUUCUUCCUUUGUUUGCAGAUGUCGGACAGGUGAAGUGCGAGAAGAAUUACGAAAUCUGUGAGGGUUGCGGACAAAAGAUCUACGAUCGGUAUCUCAUGAAUGUCGGCGAAUCGAAUUGGCAUGAACACUGUUUGUCGUGUUGCUACUGUGGCAUACAGUUAUUCAAUACCUGUUACGUACGCAAUUCAAAGCUUUACUGCAAACUCGAUUACGAUCGAUUGUUCAGCAUUAAAUGCACUGGAUGUUGCCACCCGAUCCUGCCACAUGAAAUGGUCAUGCGGCCGAUUCCAUCUUUCAUUUUCCACCUGCCUUGUUUCAUCUGCUACAUCUGUCGACUGCCCCUGCAGAAGGGCGAGCAGUUUUUGUUGCGUGAUGGCCAGUUAUUUUGCUGUCGACAUGAUCUCGAAAAGGAAAUAUUUCUGGCCACAGCCCAACACUGUGGCUAUGUGGGCCUAGACGAUGACGAUAUGAUGCGGCCUCGGGACGGACGUCGCGGUCCAAAACGUCCUCGCACAAUAUUGACGUCACAGCAGCGAAAGCAAUUCAAGGCUUCUUUCGACCAAUCGCCGAAGCCCUGUCGCAAGGUGAGAGAAGCUCUGGCGAAGGACACGGGCCUUUCAGUGCGCGUGGUGCAGGUGUGGUUUCAAAAUCAGCGCGCCAAAAUGAAGAAGAUUCAGCGAAAAGCGAAAAACGGUGGUGGCGCGAGCGGUGGCAGUGGCGGUACAGUCAAUUCGCGCAGCGGCGAUGAAAAGGAUGCGAAUAAGGAUGAAAAGGAAAUUAAGCAGGAGUGUGGCAUUUCGGGUGUGGAAAGUGCUUACUUGAGUUUGGGUGACAGCGGUUUUGGCAGCCAACCACUUAAUCCUAAUCUACCAUUCUCCCCUGAUGAUUAUCCUCCAAAUUCAAAUGACAGUUUUUGCAGCUCAGAUCUGUCAUUGGAUGGCAGUAACUUCGAUCAAUUAGACGACGAUACCGAUUCGCUUUCGCUGAACAACCUGGAGCUGCAGUCCACGGGCUCAUCGGGCAAUCAACAUUCCAACCCACACGACAUCAUCGCCAAUCUCAGCACGAGUCUCGUCAACCCGAUCGACAAGCUGUACUUGAUGCAGAAUUCUUACUUUAAUGUGGACCAGUAGGUGUGGUAGAUUGGCCGGUAUGGAAUCCAGGAUACGAAUUUAUUAGUAUUAAGACACAUUUGGGGACGUUGGGAACGGUGCGGAGAAAGUAUGUGAGCGACAAAAUGACUUUGGGCUGCGUGCCAAGGAUGAAAGUGCGGACAGCGCCAGUUUCUCCCAAAAAAAAAAAAAUAAAAAAUCAAGAGGCAAUUAAUUAUUUAUAUGUACUAUACAUACAC